UCCGCCCCUGGUUGAGAGGGACCGAGAACGUAAAUUGUGAUUCAUCAAGAACCCCUCGUCUUCAAUCACCCACCUCCUCACUCGCGGGAGCACACAGAUGGAAACUUCGAACAUAACGAUGAUGCUCACCUUUCAAAAUUACAAUAUUGCCCUCCUCAAACAACCUGCGGGAUAAAGAUUUCGGCUCCGGUUAUCUUGUUAAGAGUGAUGUAGAUGAUGUUUUUUAUGGAUACCAUAGUCCAAGAAGCAAAUGCAGUGCUGUUCAACUUGCUGAAAUGAUCAAAUCGUUUUGUGUUGAAGUGGAGCGAGAAAUCUCUGAACUCGAAGGUUACAGUAAACUCCCGAAUAUUGAUUUCGCAAUGACUUCUAAGCUUGCUCGAAGCAUCAAAGCAAGAAGUAUUUUGAUUGGUGCUAAGAAUGUAAGAGGUUCAUGUGUGUAUGUUAUUGAGGCUUGCCUGGUGUCUGAUGAGGAAACUUUAUCGUACGCUGUUUUAGGUCUGCGCAAUGGUUUCAAGCGAACUAAAAUGCGUUUUGAAACCUACUUGGAGUUGUGGAAUAGAAUCGCUGAGAAAGAGAAGCAACUGGGAGAAGCAAAGAAAUGAGAGACGCGUAUAUAUAUCCUCGUGUCUGGAAUUUUCUUUUCUCGUUGGUAGUAAAAGUCAUCGGUGCCUUUUAUCUUAUGUUAAGCUAUGAGUUCUGUGUGUUCAAGAUUUUCGUAAACUGUUGUCAAGUUGUUGCAGGAGAAUGGUUUUUAAUUUCUUGCUGCUGCUGUUUGUUUCACUUUCACCCAAAGGUGGUAUGUGGUUUCUUGAUUUCCAGGUGACCAAAGGUGGUUGUGUUGUGUACAUGAUAUUUAUGUGUUAUGUGACGUGUGUUGUGUGUA